GGUCCUGAUUGCCAUUAGCAGUGUUACUUCUCCAUUGUUGUUCACCGCUUCUGCAUACUUGUCCUUCAGUAUCAUGCAAGUGGUUGACAUCUUUAAAAGUUACCCACCUGCUGUUAAACAAUCUUAUGAUGUACUCCUGUUGCUUCUGAUGUUGAUGCUGCUAAUUCAGGCUUGCCUUACUAUCGGAACGGUAAUACAGUGUGUAAAUUACAAGACAAAAAUGAAGCUACAUGAUUCAUCGUGGAUGGCAUCACAGGUUAAAAAACAGGAAUACAGAACAACAGAGGUUUCCAAUAAUACCUUGAAGGAUUUUGACAAAGACAAAGCCUGGAAAGCAGUUGUGGUGCAGAUGGCUCAGUAGUUUGGAUUCCACAAGUGCAGCCAAUACAGUACAGUCCAAUACAGUAAAUCAACUGUUUGAAUUAAGGCUUAAAAACUUUACAGUUUAUAAACAGUGAUAUAGUUACAGCAGUAGGAGCCAAGGAAUAACACAGUAAAUAAUGUCUUUCUAAUAAUUUUGAAAUAUAUUGUUAAUAUUUUUAACACUUCUGUCUUUUCUGUUGGUGUCUGCAUUCUAGUGUUGCUUUAGAAGAUACCUGUAGAAAAAAAAAGGUAAUGAGUCACAUGGAUUUAUGCUGAUGGCAAAGUAAAAUUUGACAAUAUGUAGUAGGCUUCCUGUAUUUGCAAGAGAUUGUUAUAACUGCAGUUAUGCAGUCAGUGUAACUGAUAAAUGCUUUUGUAAAGUUAUGAGUACAAGUCAUAAUUGAUAUUUUUUGCUUAUACUUCACUUUUGUAGGAGUUGUAAAAUUGUUUUGCAUCUCAUUGCUUUUAUAUAAAUAAAAGUCUUUAUUAUGUGGAAACUCAAA